AUGGCAUCUAUCAAUUAUUUAACUUUAAGGCCUGAAUAAGCUUACAAAAUUUAUGAUGACUACGUUAAGGAAGGAAAGAAUAAUGAUGCAUUAUUGAUCCUGUUUCGAUAUUUAUCUAGUUUUGGUUAAAGAACGAGAAAAACCACCACUUCUUAUCAAGAUUAAGGAGACGUGAGUGUGGCAAGCAAUAUCUAAUACCUUUAUAAAUUGAUGCAAGCUUAUAUUGAUUUAAGAUUAUUUGUUGGAGUCAAUUAACCAGAUGAAUAAAAUUAAUUGAAGGAAGUUUUCAAGGCUUAUAGACAAAUGACUUAACAUAACCACUUUGACGCUUUUGCUGAUAUUUUGAAAGAAUAUUUAGUGAAAGUGGAAAAGAUAUUUAGUGACAAAGUUAAAUAAUAUGAUGUAGAAGAACUUAAGAAAUCGCCAUUUGUUGGACAGUUAUCCUAUGAAGAACCAGCAGAGGAGUUGCUCUAUCUAUCAUUUGAUCCUGAAGCAAAAUAACAGAAGGAUCAUUAGAAAUCUUGCUUAAGACUUUUGUGGGAAACAUAUAGAACAGUAAUGGAAAAUGUUAAGUGGAAUGAGAAAUUAGAAGAUGUGUAUUUUGAAAUUUUAAAGAAAGUGAGCGAGUUUUGUUUGAAAUAUAAACGUAAGGCUGAGUUUUAAUGGUUUUGUGAUUAAACAAAUAGAUUUGUCUUGGAUUUAAAUGAAAGAGAAUUAGAUAUUAAGCGAAAUCCUACUCAUGUAGACUUGACAAAGCCAGCUACUAAUGACAAGCAUGUAAAUGCAAUUUUUGAAAUUGUUAAAACAGCUACAGCCUUGGAUAUGCAAUCCGAAGCAUCAAAGACAUUAGAAACUGUUAUGGUGCUCAAAUCAAUGAGGAGGGGCAAUUUCAAAGCUUCAUAUCUUAUGCUCUACUAUGAUUUGCUUUCUUAGAUAUUUUAGAAAUCCGGAAAUAGUUUAUUUUAAGCAUUUGCCUACUAUAACCAUUAUUUGGCAUUUAAGAAGAAGCCAGUUUAAACAUAAGACGAAAUUAAACGUAAGAAUGCUGAAAUAAAUGAAAAAUUAUCUCAUUUGGUUUUAUCUGUAUUGGUCAUACCACUUUUAAGUGCUGAUUACAAUCAAAGAGACAGAACAACUUCUUUGUUUGAAAAAGGAACUAAAAUACCAACAAGAGAAGAUUUGUUAAAAAUUCUAGGAGAGAUGAAUGCUGUCAAAUUUGUUCAACCUAUUAUUUAAAAGGUUUAUCUCUUAUUAGAAAAUCAAUAAGAUUUAUUAACAGUCUCUGAUUAGGCCAAUCGAGUCUUUACUGAGUUGAGACAAAAUGAAAAAUAUUUAUUAUUCAUUCCAUUACUUGAAGAAAAUCUUGUAGGAUAGGUGUUGAAAAGCAUCUCUAGAAUUUACAGAACUAUUAAAUUAGAUCAAUUGAAAGACUUAUUGAAAUUUACAACUUUAGAAACCAUAUUCUAAACUUUAAUUCAUUCUAACUCAAAUAAGUUUAUCAGUUGCAAAGUUGAUUUCUAAUCAUAAAUCGUAUAUUUCAAUUCCAAUCAAAUAUCAAAUGAUUAAUAAAUAUUGCCAACAGUUUUAUUAAAUUUGUAGCCUUAAAGAACAGUUCAAGAUCCAAUUGAUCAAGCUAAAAAAUAACUGGAUUCCUCAAAUCUUGUCAUUUUGACAAGACAAUAGACUUUGAAAAAUUUGAAUAGACUGGCUGAUCCAGAUCUUAUUAAAAAGAAAGUGGAGGAGGAUAAUUAAAAAGUGAUUUAAGAAAUGAAGGAGUAAAGGAGAUAAGAUGAGGAGAGAAAGAAAUUUGAAUAGGAAAGAAUAGCUGAGAUGGAAGCAAAAAAGGCUAAAGAAAUAUCAGUUAGAUAAAAAUUAUUGCAAGAUAUUAUUAAAUUAAAAGGAGGAAAAUAUGUUACAUUUGAAAUCAAUGGAGAAAGAAAGAAAAUUGAAUUAUUAAAAGAUUAUCACCUAUUAAAUAUAGACACAGGAGUAUUGUAGGAUAUCAAAAAGAAAUUUGAAGAAGAAGCAAAGAAAGGAGCUGAUGAUAAAUAUUUGAGAACCUUUAAAAAGAACGAUUAUAUUGAAAGAGAGAGAGCUAUUAUGGAAUCAAAGAUAAUUACUAGUUGGCCGGAAGAUAAUAUUGAGGAAGCCUAAAAAAAGCAUCAAGAAUAAUACCAAGCAAACUUAAAAUUAAAAGAAAGCUUAACUGAUGCAUUCAAAUAUCACGAUGAAAUAAUCGCUUAGAAAAAAUAAUAGAAAGAAAAAGAAUAUUAGGAAUAGCUCUAGAAAUUUAAAGCAGAAAUAACCCAGAAGUUCAAAUAGCAAAUAUUAGAUAAAGGAUUCUAAUUAUAAAAACAAGAUGAAGAAAGAAAAUUAAGAGAGGAGGAAGCUAGGAAGAAAGAAUAAGAGGAAAGAGAAAAAAAAUCAAUAUCCUAAUAGGCUGAAAAAUAGGCAGUUCCUGACAGCAAAUAAAUUUCUAGAAGUACUCUCUCAUCCCAAACCUCAUAACAAUAACAACAACCUAACUAAUAAGCGCCUUAAUAAUCAGCACCAUAAACAUAAAUUGGAAGAAACAUUGGAGGAUUUACUAAUACUAGAUCCCAAGUUGAAACAUAAUAAAGCAAACCUGUUUAAUUUACAAGAAGUACUGCCUAAUCAGGGUAAUAAUAGCAAUAAGAACAACCCUAAUAAUAACCACAAUAAGCUACAUAGUAACAAUAGAGACAGUAAUAAUAAAGAUAAACAUAAUAAUCAACGAGCUAAGCAGCACCAAAGUUUUAGAGAAAUUAAUGA